AUGGGGCCUGCUGAUGCGGAAACGUGCGUGACUGCGCCAUGCUGCUGCUGCAGGGGCUCGGCAUGGCUGUGCGGCACGGUGCAGCGGGGUGGCGGCCGCCUGGCGCCUCGACGCGGGCAGGCGGCUCUGGGCACCGCGGAGCUGGUCGCCGAGCAGCAGCAGCAGCCCAAGCAGCAGAAGCAAAAGAAGCAGCAGCAGAAGCAGCAGGGUGGAGGCAAGAAGGGGGAGGCCAGGGCCAUCACGCCAAAGAGCGAAGACUUUUCGAGGUGGUACCUGGAUGUGGUGCGUGAGUGCCAGCUGGCAGACUAUGGCCCCGUGCGAGGCACCAUGGUCAUCCGACCCUACGGAUAUGCGAUAUGGGAGGGGGUGCAGAGCCACCUGGACAGGGCGUUCAAGGAGACGGGCCACCAGAACGCCUACUUCCCGCAGCUCAUCCCCCUCAGCUUCCUGCAGAAGGAGGCAGACCAUGUGGAGGGGUUUGCUCCAGAGCUGGCCCUGGUCACCAAGGGCGGCGGCAAGGAGCUGGAGGAGCCUCUGGUUGUGCGGCCCACCAGCGAGACCAUUGUGAACCACAUGUUUGCGCAGUGGGUGCAAAGCUACCGCGACCUGCCGCUGCUCAUCAACCAGUGGGCUAACGUGCACCGCUGGGAGAUGCGCACCCGCCCCUUUGUGCGCACGCUGGAGUUUCUGUGGCAGGAGGGGCACACGGCGCACGCCACGGCGCAGGAGGCGGAGGAGGAGACGAUCCGCAUGCUGCGGGUGUACGAGGACUUUGCCGUCAAUGUGGCGGCCAUGCCGGUGGUGGCUGGGCGCAAGUCUCGCAUCGAGUCGUUUGCAGGCGCCAACUGCACGUACACGAUUGAGGCGAUGAUGGGGGACAGGCGGGCGCUGCAGGCAAGGAGGCGGGCACCUUGGGGGCGACAGGAGGGGGCACGACUGGCGGGCACCUCUCACAACCUGGGCGACAACUUUGCGCGCGCCUUUGGCACGCGGUAUCUGGACGAGGGCGGGCAGCUGCAGUACGUGCACCAGAGCAGCUGGGGCGUGAGCACGCGCAUGGUGGGAGGCAUCAUCAUGACGCACGGCGACGACGCGGGGCUGCGCCUGCCGCCGCGCCUGGCGCCCACGCAGGUCGUCAUCGUGCCGAUUCUGAAGAAGGAUGUGGACGGCGAGGCGGUGAUGGCGGCGGUGCAGCGGCUGGAGGCGGCGCUGCGGGGUGCGGGUGUGCGGGUGCAGGUGGAUGCCAGCACCGACAGGACGCCCGGCUGGAAGUUCAACCAGUAUGAGAUGAAGGGGGUGCCCGUGAGGGUGGAGGUGGGCCCCCGCGACGUGGAGCAGGGCACGUGCGUGACGGCGCGGCGCGACGUGGCGGGCAAGGAGGGCAAGCAGUUUGGCGUGCCGCUCGAGCCGGCGGCCUUUGUGCAGCACGUGACGGCGCUGCUGGAAGACAUACAGGCCGCGCUGCUGCGCCAGGCGCGCGACUUCCGGGACGCAAACAUCGUGGAUGUGGCCUCGUAUGAGGAGCUGCAGGCGGCGGUGGCGGAAGGCAAGUGGGCGCGGGGCCCGUGGGCGGGCAGCGACGAGCAGGAGCGGCAGGUGAAGGAGGAGACAAGCGCCACGCUGCGCUGCUUCCCCUUUGACCAGCCGCAGCACAGCGGCACCUGCUUUCUCACGGGGCAGCCCGCCACGGAGGUGGCCAUCUUCUCAAAGGCUUACUGA